UAGCAUGCACACACCUCAAAUGCUGUUCAGAUAAAUGGAUUGUAAUUGUAAGCAAGCAACCUCCGUAACAUGUAAGACCAAAUCAACAAUGCGAACUGCAAUUUUACGCUCGAAUUAAGCGUUUAUGCAAUCCCACGAUCGCGCGAGCUACUAACCCUAGCAUCUGAGGGCUGAGGCUACUAUCUCCCGCAGACCACACCGCUCCUGAGCGUGGAAACCUAGACGCGACGCGACCGAAUCGAAGCCAGCCCAGCCAUCAGAUCGUGACUCACCUCCCGAUCUCGCAGGCACGAAGCCGCGCCUCGUCGCGGCGCCGGACGCGGAGGUGCUCGCUUCGUCCAUCUUCUCCCGCCACGAGCUCGGUCGCCGCACAGGCCCUCGUCAGCGGCUCGCCGGAGCCCGUGCUCCGCAGUCCGACCCGCCGGGGGAUCCGACCGCAGAAGAAGAGUGGAGAGUCCACUUGCUGCUCGAUGAAAAGGAGCCCAUGGGCCCACUAAAUCUUGAGGGCCUAUCUAAUUCACGUGGGCCUUAUGGGCCCAACUCCCGGGGGCGCUCGAAUUGACGGCGUGAGAUGGAUACUAACGGUGACUAACGGUCGAUGUAACGGCCGCAUCAAUGCGCCGCCCGGCGCGUCGCGAUCGGGGGAAUCUUUUCCCCAUUUCGUUUCGCCCAGGAGCGACAGGCGCGGGCGCCACGGAGUGUGUGUGAGAGAGAGAUAGAGAGAGAGGGAGAUGCGAGAGGAGGUGAGGAGCUCGUCGGGGGCGGUGGCAGAAACGCCGAUGGCCGUCGCCCGGUCCUCGUCGCCGCCGCACACCCCGGUAGCCAGUUCCGUCGGUGCCUCGUCACCUGCUAUGCAAACUAAUGUUGCAAGCAUAGAUUGGUUGGGUGGCAAACAAGCUUCCAGAGUUGACUCGUCGUCGCAAGUUGCUGCACAUGCUUAUCACCCUUCCCAUAGUUUUGAUGCAGCUGGCACUGCUAUGGAUUCUGCACCAUCAUGCAGACCAUGGGAACGUGGAGACUUACUUCGUCGACUGGCAACAUUUAAGCCUUCAACUUGGGCUUCUAAACCGAAGGCUGCUAGUUCUUUGGCCUGUGCUCAGAGAGGUUGGGUGAAUGUUGACAUGGACAAAAUUGAAUGCGAGUCAUGUGGCACACAUCUAAUCUUCAAUGCAUUGACAUCCUGGUCCCCUGUUGAAGUUGCAAAUGCUGGAGAAUCCUUUGCCGAGCAGCUUGAUGCAGCACACCAGAAUAGUUGUCCCUGGAGAGGCAAUAACUGUGCUGACAGCUUGGUCCAGCUUCACCUUACACAAUCAGCUCUUAUUGGAGGUUUUAAAGACCGCUGUGAUGGGCUUUUACAGUUUACCUCUCUUCCUGUGAUUGCACCAUCUGCAAUUGAGAACAUGAAGCUUACAAGGAGUGUACAAAUUGAUCAUCUGUUGUCCCAAUCAAUUACCUUUUUAUCUGGUAUUCUGGGCUGCAGAGCAGAGAGUACAGCAGGAAUUGAUAUCCACCAAGAUUUCUCUUGUAGCUACUCUCAAGCACAAAAGCUCAUAAGCCUGUGUGGAUGGGAGCCUAGGUGGCUUCCAAAUGUUCAAGACUGUGAAGAAAAUUCAACGCAUUCAGCUAAAAAUUUACCCUCAGUUGGACCUGACGAACGGUUAUAUCCCCAUUUUGUUGAACAUAACAAAAAUUCAUUUUCUGCAUCAGCCAAGAAAGAUAAGGGGAAAGGCAAAUUGCCCGUUGGAGAUUCUGGAUGCAGCAUGAGGUCACCGUUGUUAGAUUGUAACCUGUGUGGAGCUACAGUCAGGAUGCGGGACUUUAGACCUGUAUUAUGUCCUUCUCGUUUCAGUCCAAAUAACAUUGUUGUGCCUGGAACAGGCAGAAAGCUAACACUGACACAUGGAGUUAGUGCUGCCAGUGGUAUCAAUGAGUGGGUUACUGAUGGGGUGGAAAGAGGUCAAGAUGAAGGGCGUGAUGAAGCAGCAACAAAUGAGGGAAAACCACUAUCACUUGUUGGAGUAGACCUAAACCUAACAAUGGCUGGAGGAUUACCGUCACCUCAAUCUGCCAUGCCUGCUAUGUCAGAGCGGUUUAAUAAUGGAGGAAUGGGAAGGGAUCUGAUGAUUGGACAGCCUACAGGCAGUGAAGUAGGUGAUUGUGAAACCUCAUAUGAAUCUCGGGGUCCGAGUUCAAGGAAGCGUAACCUUGAGGAAGGUGGGAGCACAGCUGACAAUCCACAAGAUAGGCUGCAGCAUGCUGAUAGCAUACAAGGAAAUUUCAUUGAUCGUGAUGGUGAGGAAGUUGAUGAUGCUGCACAGGAUUCAGAUGUCCCGAAUAAGAAGUCCCGUGGGUUCGAUCUGUUUGAUGCCUAUCGUCCUUCCUCUGGAGCUGGUCCCAGUAGAAAUUUGUCCUUUGGCCCUCAUGAGGAUGCUGGUAUGUUCAGUCACUCAAGAGCAAUUGACCUGGCAGCUGUUGAGCGUCCGACUGCUAGGGAUUCACUGAGAGCAUCUUCUGUUAUUGCAAUGCAUACUAUUCAUACUUCCGAGGAAGAUUCUAUGGAGAGUGUUGAGUAUUACCCAGGUGAUGGUAAUGAUAUCGAUAUGCCUUCUUCUAGUACACAAAGGAACAUUGAAAUGAAUGAUGCCUUGGAUCUUAACUAUAGCAACCAAGCACAGCAAAGUGCUAAUGCACAUGCUGGUGCUGGAAGCGAUGCAAGAGAAAUUGGAGGAAGCAGUACAAAUGAAGGGGAGGAGGUCAUUAAUGCUGAAACAGUUCCCCCUUUUGGAAGGGAUCAACUUAGUUUAGGAAUUAGUGGUGGUAGUGUUGGCAUGGGGGCUAGUCAUGAGGCUGAAAUUCAUGGAAAUGCUGGUUCUCUGCACAGAACUGAGAGUGUUGUAGGUGAUGCUGAACCUAUUGCCGAGCUUACUGAGACAAUGGGUCAGACUGGUGAAUCAGCUCCAGGACCUGGAUUAAUGGAUGAAUUUGUACCUGAGGUAGACCGAGAUGAACCUCAUGGAGACAGCCAAGAUACGGUGUCCCGGUCAGUUGGCCAAGCCGACAGUGGAUCGAAAAUAUAUGGCUAUACCAAAGCUGAUUCUGUUGAAAGUGGAGAAAAGAUAGGUCAUGCCACCGGUAAUGGAAGCAGCAUGCGUCCUUCUCUUUCUUGCAACGCAGGGAUGUGUGCUGGUUUUGAUCUGUCUAAAGAUGAUGUGACACAUACUGGCAAAAUACUAACUACUGAUGAUGCAUUAAUGGGGUUAGAUUAUGAUCCUGGAAAUGGAUUAGGAGCUACUAAUGGAGAAAAUGACUAUGAAUCGGGUCUGCUGGAAUUUGAUCCUGUUAAGCAUCACAAUACUUACUGCCCAUGGGUGAACGGGAAUGUUGCAGCGGCUUGCUGCAACAACAUUGGCUCCAGCUCAAGUAGUUCAGCGCCCUCUGGUUGGCAGCUAACAAUAGAUGCAGUCGACACGUACCAAUCACUUGGUCAAGCCCAAAAUCAAAUAAUGCAAUCUGAUUCUGCAGCUUCAUUAUAUAUGGAUGACCAAAUAACUCAUAACCGCAAGGUAGGGAGACGGCCUUCUGUGAGCAGAAGCUUUGGGAAGUGCUGAUCGGAACUCCUGUAGCUCAAGUGUUUCCUAGACAGAAACAGCAUUACAGAAGUUCCAGAUUGGUGUAACAGGAGAAACAAAAUAAUGAUAGUCUCAGUAGAUUGUUAUCACCCCGUGGGUGUGAGCUUAUAGCUGUUUUAUGUUGUUGCAUAUUGAUACAUCAUAUAUAUGUGUAUUUAUAUUCCGAAAGGGUUUAUUCAACAGUCUUUCAUUUGACAGUAACAUUUUCAAGCGAACUAGGUACAUUAUUAUGGUGAGAUUAUGUAAACUUCAUAUUCAUAUAUUUAUCGCCGUUCUUGUUGCGUCCAUGUACCUCAUCUAAUGAUAUGGUUGUGUUCAGAUUUUUCUUCUUCUGUUUCUUUGUAUCUGGCUGACUGUUUCUUCGCGCGGGGUGCUAUCUGAGAGGCCAUCGCCCUCGUCAAAUCUCAGCAGCCAAUGAGCACCACCCAGAGUGCCAGGUCGUCAGCAACGACCAGAUAAAGAAGUGGAUGAGAUGCCACUUCACUUCACUCCACCCCUGCUUGUAUUGUAUCCUCGUCUUUUCCCUUCUCUCCGUCUAUUUCCAAGCUUUCUCCAGAUCAAAUCAGAAAGGGGAAGGGAAGAACGGCCCAGCAAUGCCGCUCUGCAGCUUCUACGCCUCCACCUCCGUUCCCGUCGUCAAGCCCCAGCAGUCCGUCGCCUCGUCCAAGCCCCCCACCACGGCGGUGGCCUCCGUGGCGACAACUGUGCCGAUGCGCAGUGCAGCGACGGUGACGCCAGCCGUGGCCACAACAACGAGCCUAGCGCUGUCUCUGCACCUGCCGGAGCUGCCGUCGCAGGUGAAGGACAAGAUCCUGAGCCUGGAGCUGAUGGGCGUGGACUAUGGGCGCGCGCUGGAGCAGAACCCGGCGCUCCGCGACGCGGCGCCGGAGUCCAUCCACGCGGUGGUGUCGUUCCUCCAGUCCCGCGGGCUCCAGUUCAAGGACCUGGGCCGCGUCUUCGGCAUGUGCCCGUCCGUGCUGACCGCCAGCGUCCGCGCCGACCUCCGCCCCGUGUUCGCCUUCCUCUCCGCGGACCUGGGCGUGCCGGAGUCGGCGCACCGGCGCGUGGUGAUCAAGUGCCCGCGCGUGCUGGCCUGCAGCGUCCGCGACCAGCUCCGCCCCGCGCUCAUCUACCUCCGCCGCCUGGGCUUCCGGGACAGCCGCGCGCUGGCGCUGCAGGACCCGAUCCUCCUCGUCUCCAGCGUGGAGCGCACCCUGGCGCCGAAGCUGGAGUACCUGGCCGGGCUCGGCAUGUCCCGCGACGACGCGGUCGCCAUGGUGCUGCGCUGCCCGGCGCUCUUCACCUUCAGCAUCGAGCGGAACUACCGGCCCAAGUUCGAGUACCUGGUGGACGCCAUGGGCGGCGGCGUCGAGGACGUCAAGGCCUUCCCGCAGUACUUCGCCUUCAGCCUCGAGAAGCGGAUCGCGCCGCGCCACCGCGCCGCGGAGGACGCCGGCGUCGCGCUGCCGCUUCCGGACAUGCUCAAGGCCACCGACGAGGAGUUCAGGGAGAUGCUCGACAAGGAGCGGGAGCUGCACGAGCAGGCAGCGACGACGGACUGAUCGAUCGGGGGGCUAGUACAGCGGUUUGCACCUGAUCCGACUCUCCGAAGCAUCCAACCGCCGUCUUCGUGGCGAUCGAGUGUCCUGGCCAUGACGGUAGCCAGCACAUGUAGUCAUUUGAUUUGAGUAAUUAGUAGCCUGUACAUAUAUGCAUUGACAUUAUUUGCUAUAGUCACGAUUCGUAGCUCAUGAGAGAAUAUGCCUGUUCUUUCUCCAUUCCAAGUGAAUAAGCACAGAGCUGGAAGUCGUGUCUUGUACACACGUGUAAUGAAUGAAUGUACCAAGUUCAUUAGAUAUUA